UCGCAUAUUCCAUUCGGCAAGGCCUGGCCUGCCUGGAUUGCCUGCCUGCUGUCAGUCCUUAAUAGUUUACAGCUGGAAGGGGAGGGAGAGGGAGAGAGAGAGGAAGGGGGGGAGCACCGGGCUGUGAUGCAGACGGCAAAUCACAUGAGCAAGGAUCUGUUUACAAACUGAACAGGAGCAGUCACAUCGGCUCAGUUAUGAGGAACCUGGGCUGAGGACUGGGAAUCUAGCUGGGCGUUCACUGCUGGAGGUUGGUGCACCUUAUCAGUCUUUUCAGAAUAAGCAGAAGCAGACGGCAGUCACCAGCAAAACAUAGCACAAUUGCUGUCACAGCUUGAUGCCUGUUUUCACAGGGACAUACAGACCGCUGCGUGGCAGCCAGUUCAGUCUUUUGUUUCUGUUUUGGAAGCAGCAAGUUGGCUCUGACAACAAGGAGGAUCCAUGUGAAAACAGGUAUCCAAAGGGGAAAAUAAAAAGGAUUUGGGAGUAGGAGGCAGUGGAGGAGGGGUGAAGCUUGUGAAAAUGUUUCUGCGUAAGACAAAGAAGUGACUACAUUCAGUGGCGAGCUCAAGGGAGAAACUGUGAAGCUCUGCCUGUGUUUAAUGUGGUUUCAUUUCUGGUGGUUGGAAUAGUUUCUACCACGCCACAGCUAAGGACAGGAAGACUUUUAGCUUUAAAAACAAAUGGUGCGAAUGUACUUGCAAUCUAUUUGAUAUCUGGAUAAAAGGAUACGUCGCUGAAAUGAUAUUUGAACUGAAAUCCUGUUCUGCAACACCCACAUAAAAAUACUCCAGGAGUGCAGUUUGUUUCUGUGCAAAUAUACCAGAAAAGUAUACUGUAUAAGGAGACAGUCCAGGCACGUCCAAAAUCCAAGCACUCUGUGGAAAAGAAACCGUGUGAAGAUGUUACAGGAAGAAUGCUGCUUCUUCAGUCCUUGAAAGUUAGGAUAACCAGUAACAGAAGAGGUGGUCCUGCAUUUUUUGAAGGCCUUUUAUAAGCAAAAACCUGUGUCGGCACCGAUCUAACUGGAAUUGGAAAAUACAUUGAUACUUGUGUGUGAUAAACAUUGGUAUUUAUUCACACAUCCAGCAAAGAACUACAGCUGUAUUUGUAGAGCUGCCAGCAUUCACUUCAAGUCUCUCAGUCUGGCUAUUCCCCUGGAGAUCGACCAGGGUUGGCCUGCUGGCUCAGCCACAGCACCACAGCGUGAUCCUGGAGACAGCUCACUCUGCAGCGCCUUGCUGAAUUUGCCAUAGCUCCUGUGAAUCAGAUUUCAUGCACCCAUUCCAGUGGUGUAACGGAUGUGUGUGCGGCCUGGGAUUCCAGAAUUCUGACGAGCACUGUAAGAUGUCUUCGGCGGAAAUCUAUGACCUUCCACUCAAUGUGUACGUCAUCAUUCUGGGCAUCGGCCUCUUCAUUUUCAUGCUGAGCAUGAUAUUCUGCUGCUACCUUUUCAGGUUAAGAAGGCAUGGCAGGAGGGAGCAGUAUGGAUACAAUGAGGUGGUUCUGAAGGGGGCAGGAAAGAAACUCAGCCUUCUUGGAGUGCCUGGUGAAGUGGCUGGAAAUCCGCAGUGUCUGUCCCAUGUGCAACAAGCCAAUCUGUCGGCUGGCAGAUGUGCGCCAAGGGGUGGAGGUGGCACAGAACCCACAGGAGGUGUGAUGGGAGGGCAUCUGCCUGGUAGACAUCAUGAGAACUGGAAAGGGCUGUUCCCACUGGAGGACUUACUGCAGACUGCAGGAAGAGGGCACACCCCACUUAUUGCCUCUCCAGCGUCUCCCCACAAAUGACUUUGACACCAGACGAAGUACUACUACUAUUUCUGAUCCUCAGCACUGAAAGAAAUCUUUUAAAAAUAAUAUUGAAAUAUCCCUGCUUAGACCCAGAAGCUCAUCACAUGAGGCAGCCCAGGGACACAGGUCUGUGGCUCUUCCCCUGCAGACCCUGGAGAAAGACUUGGACUGGGAAACCCCUUUCAGUCCAGGAUGGUACUGCCAAGAGCCACAAACAGUGACUGAGGCAAGAUGAAACAACUGCUUUUUAGAAGCCUGCAUCAAUAGACUUCACGUUUAUCGUUUCUAGUUAUUUUCUAUUGUUAUUUGAUUUGAAAUAAAGUGUAUCAAUGUUUUGGUGGUACAAA